UGUUUGAUUAGGAUAAUGGCACUCUUUCAUUAAGUUCCAAGGUGUGGGAGCGGGAAGCCGGAAGUUUUGAAGCCGACGAAGACAGCUCAAGAUGUCCGAGGACAGUGCGGUUCGUUAUUGCAAGCGGUUUUCAUAUCUGUGCCUCAAAUUCACUCUCAUCGCCUAUUCCACCGUCUUUUGGCUAAUUGGAGGCUUCAUUCUGGCCAUUGGAAUCUAUGCUGAGGUCGAGCGACAGAAAUACAAGACGCUUGAUGGUGUUUUUUUGGCACCUGCCAUCAUUUUGAUCCUGCUGGGCAUUGUGAUGUUCAUUGUCUCUUUUAUUGGCGUGCUCGCAUCUUUGCGGGAUAACCUAACUUUACUUCAAGUAUUUCUCUACACCCUCACAGUAUGCCUGAUUAUUGAGCUUUUGGGUGGAGUUGUGGCUCUUCUCUUCAAAAAUAAGACAAUGGAUAUAUUAAAUCAAAACAUACGGAAGGGAAUCUCAAAUUACUAUGAUGACCUGGACUUCAAGAACAUUAUGGAUUUUGUCCAAAAAAAGUUCAAGUGCUGCGGUGGUGAAGAUUUUACAGACUGGCAGUCCAACAUGUAUCACACCUGUACAGCGCCUGGACCUCUGGCAUGUGGAGUGCCUUAUACGUGCUGCAUUCAAGAUAAGAACAGCACAGUUGUCAACACAAUGUGUGGAUACAAAACACUGGAUAAAGAGCGCCUUCAACUCAUUGAUGUUAUCUAUGUGCGGGGAUGUACUGAUGCUGUCCUCAUCUGGUUUUUGGACAACUACAACAUUAUGGCGGGGCUCCUGCUUGGAAUUCUGUUGCCACAGCUGUUUGGCAUCAUCAUCACCUGGCUUUACAUAACCCGAGUGGAGGAUACUAUUAAUGAGUAUGGCACCAUGAGGGAUGGACUGCUGGAGGGAGCACCGCCGGGAAGUGGCGGCCACCCACAUCGCAAAGGAGGGUGGUGUAUGUGUCUGCCGCACGAAGACUAAGGUGACAAGAUCUGACCAUUCAGCUGGCCUUCCAACGCUGUCACCUGCUACCCUCUGUAACCCCCCCACGAGAUUGAGGAGAGGGGUAAUGCCCACAUACCUUGUCUGUCCUUCAUGUUUCCCAGAAUGCUAGUGUGAGCGUUAAUUUUACUGCAGACCACCUUUAUGUCCCCUACGUACUGCUACCAUUUGUUAGAACUGCAGAGGCAGCAACCCACAUUACCAAUUCCAUGCCCACACAAGGUUGGCACUGCGUUUGAACCGGCACUGUGUUCAACUAUGCAGACUGGGAAAAGACUUCUCAAAGUUUCCAGGGAUGAACUCUCAAAGAAUUUCACCACAUACUAGAAAGAGAAUCAUGUUUAUUUUUUUUUUAAACAGUUUACAUUCGGAGGGGGGCUGCUAAUGUUUUCUUGAAAGGCGCUAUGUUUUAAUAAGCCAAAGGGAAGGGCAGCUUUUUAAAGAUGUGAGUUAAUUGGAUUGGAGGGUUUUGUGUUUUUAUUUUGGAUUUUUACUCAUAAACAGUUACAAACAUGGCUGCCUGCUGUGAGUUCCUUUCUCCACCCCACCGAUGUCUGCUGCUUCUGCCUUUGUUGUUGGUCUGGAAGAUGUGUCACUUUCACGGUGGUCUUUGUGUCCACUUCUGCUUAUCUAGCUUUUAUGUAUAUAGUGUCUUUCACGGUUACAUUUACCAUACAAUACUUCAUAGAUAUUGUAUGAGACAAUACACCCAUUCUGUGUUUUAUAGGGCAUCUUUCGUGAUAAAUCGGGCUAAGACUCAACAUGGUCCUAAAACUGGAGCGACUGGUUCAGUAGAUGAAGGAAGAAAACCACAAGACCCCCGAGCAGGCCAAGGAAGGUCUGGGUUUCCAUGGUAACAUUCUUGCACUCUCAUGUUGGGUGGAGGUAGCCAUGGAAAUUGUGUCCAUCACCUGGAAUACCAAGUGGCUACUGGAACGUCUUAAGUGACCUGGCACCUUGAUUGUGGAGGUGAUGUGGCAUAGUGGAGCACCAAAAGGGCAC